AAAAGCGGAUCUUCCGCUCAAACGCCUGGUAGCCGGCACUCGUCCAAUCAGAGCGGUCCGCGCCUUACGCCGGUUCGCGCGCGUUUUAUCAAAAACGCGAUAUUGUUCCCGGGGCGGUGCUCAGUAAUUGACAAUAAAUAACAACAACAUUACUUAAAACCGUUUAGUAAUCGACUGUUGUCACAAAGUACUGGCGGACUUGGCACAACGAAUACAUCCUGCGUGCAGAUCAGAAUAGCGAAUAAAUAAACAUUAAAUUAAAAAGACAAAAACCAGGUCCGGUUUAGUUCUCUUGCCUCGUUUCGAAACCAAAGAGAUACAAAAUUUAUUGGUUACGCGAAGUUCAUUUGUAUUAUAUUUAUGAGUUUUAAUUUCGUUUAAGCUGUGUCUGAAAAAAUCAGAAGAAUUAUUUACUUUUAUGAUGAUUAUUUAAAAUUUUCACACAAGAAGCGAGUCGUUGCCUGAUACUGAGUGUUAGUGAAAUAUCAUUCAAACCUUUUAUUCUCCACGCAGUGUAUACACAAUUCAAAAACUGCGAGAUCAUUGACCGCGUGAAGCCCCAUCGUUAUACAUUGAAGGUGACCAUGGCGCUUCAUGGGCUGUUGGCGUUGAUGACGACCAUGCAUUUGGCAGGUGUACUAUGCAAUGUAGAAAGUACAUUUGACGAAAUCACCCCUCAAAUUUACGAACCAUCAUGGAUGUAUAAGUGCGUGCCAGAUGAAGGAUGUCAGCGUAGUGAACAUCCUAGGCCGACAUUGUCCGACAAUUCAACGUCAGCUUUCUUCGAUUCACUUGACGUGUGCCGUAUAGUCUGCGGAAGGUUCGGCGGAAUCUGGCCUAAGCCGGUUACAGCAGCACUGAGCUCGCAGACUGUGAAGAUCCACCCUAAUUAUUUGAGAUAUGAUCUGCUCAACGUGCCUGCAGAAACUAGGGAGCUAUUAGUGGAAAUGACGCAAGUGAUAAGCAAUAACUUGUUGGCUGAGUGCGGAGGACACGUCACUGAGGUGGUGGACACUCAGGUCGUUGUCAUCAUCGUGGUGAAGACCGCCAUCACUUCGUUGAAUUGGAACACUGACGAACAAUACAUGCUGGACGUACAAACUAGAGGAGGAGAAGUCUCUGUCCAUAUAGAAGCAGAAACCAUUUACGGAGCUCGUCACGGCUUAGAGACCUUCUCUCAAUUAAUAUCAUCAGACAAACGUGACUUUUCUGAUGUGGAACAUUGCGGUUUGGUCCUCGUGUCCGGUGCAAAGAUUCGUGACAGACCGAUCUACAAACAUAGAGGCUUAGUUCUAGAUACUUCUAGACAUUUCAUACCGAUGGUCGACAUUAAAAGAACUAUCGAUGGUAUGGCGACAACAAAAAUGAAUGUCUUUCAUUGGCAUGCCACCGAUUCUCACAGUUUUCCUUUGGAAGCGAGUCGGGUGCCUCAGUUUACAAGAUAUGGCGCCUACUCGGGCAGCGAAAUGUACACGACGGAAGAAAUACGAGAGUUGAUACAUUACGCGAAGGUACGCGGCAUCCGAGUCGUCAUUGAAAUAGACGCGCCGGCGCAUUCAGGAAACGGAUGGCAAUGGGGAAGGGAAUACGGCUUAGGUGAUUUAGCGGUAUGCGUUAACGCUUACCCCUGGAGACAUCUUUGCAUCGAACCUCCUUGUGGUCAACUGAAUCCAGCGAACCCUAAUAUGUACCGGGUGCUGAGGAACUUGUACCAAGAUGUUGCGGAUCUGUUGAAUUCACCGCCAUUGCUACACAUGGGAGGAGACGAGGUUUACUUCGGGUGCUGGAACUCGAGCCAAGAAAUUAUCUCGUACAUGAAGGACCAAGGAUACGAUACGACGGAAGAAGGUUUCAUGAAGUUGUGGGGUGAAUUCCAUAACAAAGCCCUUCAAAUUUGGGACGAAGAGAUUUCCGCGAAAGGACUGGACCCACAGCCCGUGAUGUUAUGGUCUUCGCAACUGACACAGGCUCAGAGGAUCUCACAACACUUGGACAAAGAAAGAUACAUCAUUGAAGUUUGGGAGCCUUUGAACAGCCCAUUAUUGACUCAACUCUUGAGGCUCGGCUAUAGAACUGUUUCAGUACCGAAGGACAUUUGGUAUUUGGAUCAUGGCUUCUGGGGCAGAACGGUAUAUUCCAAUUGGAGAAGGAUGUAUGCUCACACUCUACCACGGGACGAAGGCGUGUUAGGCGGUGAAGUGGCCAUGUGGACGGAGUAUUGCGACGCUCAGGCCCUAGACACCCGAGUAUGGCCGAGAGCGGCUGCAGUGGCGGAGAGGCUGUGGUCAGACCCGACGUCCACAGUGUACAGCGCAGAGCCGAGGCUGCAGAGGCUCCGGACGAGACUGAUAGCUCGGGGCCUGAGGCCCGACGCCAUGUCCCCGGCGUGGUGCUCCCAGCACGACAGCAAAUGUCUUUGAUUAGAAAAAAAAAUGGUGCACGUGCAACUUGGUACACGUGAAUGAAGUGAAACUUCUUUUUCGAUGUGUGUGUAGUAUUGUGGUUUUCUUCAUUUUUCAUCCUUAAAUCAGAUUGCUCUUGUAAUAGGAGUUGCUGUGUAUAAGAGAUGCGACAUUUUCAACAUUCAUAUUAUAUAUGUAUAUAAAUUUAUUUAUUUUUAAAUUAUAGAUUAAAAAUAUAAUAAUAUAUAUAUAUAUUUUAAAAUACUUCAUUAAAAUAUUGCAUGCUACUCGUUGCUAACGCUCGCGCUGGCCUGUAACAGGUUAUACAACGCGCAUGCGGUCGAGUGCCACGCAUUCACUCUCGCUCUGUCUCUUUCUAGUAUGGUAGCGUUAUACGUUUAACGCAACCUUGUUGGAAGUCGUAUUAGAAGUUUCACUUCAAAAAUCAUUGGAUGACUAGUGUUGUCAGAUUUAUUACAGAAUGCUGUUUCGAAAGACGACAUCGUUCGUAUACAUUUUUAUAUUUAAUAUUGAGAAUCAAAUUUCAAUCCCUGGUCACUAUUAGUUCUUAUAUAAACAUUAAUUUUUUUUCAUUACAUUUUAUGAAUUCGAUAUUAAAGUGGAUUUUUCUUGUUUAUUACAAUUAAUAUUAUUAUUACAAACAUUAUUUUGUUCGAUUUCCGAGAGAUGAUAGUUAACAUUACUUUUGCGGUUCGAUAUUGCAUUUAUUAUUUUCAUAAUUUUAGAUAUUUUCAUUUUCGUGCUCCGUUCAAUAUUGUGCUAAAAACAUUUAUACGCACAUUUAUACACACCAACUGUUUAUUCAUUCUGUGUGUAACGAAACGUAAAUAUCGAAUUUUAAGUAAACGAUUAUUCUAAACUUUCUUCAUUUGAAAUUCUAAAAUGAAAACAAUAAAUGCGAUAUAGACUUAGAAGAACUAAAAAAAAAACUUGACUUGCCUUAAAAGACAAAGUUUAGGUAUAUAAUAUUAAAAGAAGAAACUAAUUAGUAGGAAUGUAAUUCAAGAGUGUGCUAUCUACCAACAGUUCUAGUUCUUAGCCGCGCCCGGGGGCCACGACACGGACACAUUGCACAUUUUAAUAAAUUUUAAUAAGUUCAUACCUAAUAAAUCUAAAUAAUGAACUAGUUGUAAUUAUGAUUUUAAAACUAAUAAGCUGAAGAGGGCAGAAGACGAACGAGUAUUUUUCGUUUAAAAAUAACUGUUUAUUGUUUAUGGUAUGUUUUUAAUUAAAUCUGUCAUCACUGCGGUCGAAACUGAUUGUGAACACCAGCUAGUAUAAUAUAUACAAAGAUGUUUUUUUUAAUACUUAGCUACUCUGUGAAGUUUAGUAACAUGACAGUGUUGCCAAAAUUAUGAAAAGCGAUGUGAUUUUUUAUUUAUUGUAAUUUAGGUUGAAUAGGAGCGAAGCGAAGAAUUUAUAAUGAGCGAAUUGUAUAUAAACAUAUCACAGUUUUGCAUUUGUAAGUUUUGUAACUAUUGUUUUAUUGAAACUAAUCAUAAGGAGUUCUAUAGAAUUUUUCUAUUUGAUUAUGAAUAUAUUUUUAUUUAUAGGGCUUAUUUAUAAUAUAAAUUAUUAAAAAAAUAUCAAGUCAAUAGUUUUAUUAAAAAGGUUUUUUUUAAAUUACUUUUAAAUAAAAAAAAGCUGAUUUAA